AUGUCUGAGAUGGAUAAGAAACCAUUUGGUUAUCGCCAAACAAGCUAUAGAAAUUGUCCGCAAUCUCCACAUCGCUCGUGUUUCUAUAAUACCCUGGACUUUGCAACGACGGUUGGUAUUUGUAAUCAAGCUUGUACAACAGUGGAUACUCCAGGAUCUUUGACUUUAGAAACGGUCGGGACAGCAACACUCGACGACAAGUGUUCAAGCCAAGGUAAUCUGGGUCCAAUGUCAACCCCAUACUGUCCAAUACCUCAUUGGUUGCAACUGUAA